AUGAAACUUUCCGUGUUACCGUUAUUGCUGCUGGUGGUCUCUUUCUUGUCUAGCUCUUUUGCCUGCACAUUUACCGUAGCAAACUACUGCCCCUUCACUAUAUGGCCCGGUACAUUAGCCGGUUCAGAGACGCCGCAGCUCCCAACCACCGGAUUCCAACUGCAAUCGGGGCAAAGCCUGAGAAUCCCAGCUGUCCCGGGGUGGUCAGGUCGCAUUUGGGGAAGAAUUGGGUGCACAUUCGACGCAUCGGGUGUGGGGUCCUGUCAAACAGGGGACUGCGGGGGAAGGCUGGAAUGCGACGGCAUGGGCGCAACGCCUCCUGCCUCGCUCUUCGAGAUAACCCUCGGCACUGGAGAUGACAAGGAUUUCUACGACGUCAGCAUCGUCGACGGCUACAACCUGCCGCUCAUUGCGGUGCCGCUCUUUGCAGACUUCUCUCUCUUCCCUUUGCAAUUCAUUUGUUGA